AUGGAAACAAUGGAUAUAAUCACUGACGAGAACUGCUCCCAAAUGAACGCAAACCACGGUUUGGCUAACAAUAAAGUAAUCAAUAAAUUGGUCGCCAAUAAUGAGCGGCGAAUUUUGGCUCCGAUUGUUGGCAACACUUCCCGACACUUGAAGACAAAGUCGUCGUCAAAUGCGUUACAACCGAAACAGUGGCCAAACAAUGAGUCCAAUGUCUUCGGCGUCCAAAAGGGCGGAAAAGUGGCCAAAACGGCUCAAAUGCCUAACAAAUCGGAUUUUGAGAUCUUUUGCGAUAACUCGGACUCUGAGAUGAAUGGCUCUAACGAUGAGAAUGACUUCGAUCUCACUUUGGAUGACGUGAAGGACGAAAUGGAUUCGUGCGAAGAGACGGACAACUUGUUGUCAGAAAGAACUGAAAACUCGUUGGCCAUCGAAGAAGAAGUAAUCAUUGAGGGCUUCAGCGAAACUGAUAUUAAAUGUAACGAAACGAUCGAAAUCGAGAGCGAAGACGAAGAGCUGGAGGACGCUUCCGCUUACGAGCAGACGUCGGAAGUGUUGCGAUCUUUCGAUCUGACGGCUCUCUCCCGUUGUAAGGAAUACUCGCAUGAAAUCCACAAAUAUCUCAUGUUUUACGAGAGGAAACAAAUGGCGGAUCCCUUCUAUAUCUCCAAACAACCGGAAAUCAACGCCAAAAUGAGGAGUAUUUUAGUCGAUUGGUUGGUCGAAGUGACCGAAGAGUACAAACUUCUGGACCAAACUCUGUUCUUAGCCGUCAAUUACAUCGACAGAUUCCUGUCAUUGAUGUCUAUUUCACGGCAAAGCUUUCAAUUAUUGGGAACGGCCGCUCUAUUUAUUGCCUCCAAAUAUGAGGAGAUAUAUCCGCCGGAAUUGAGUGAAUUCGUGUACAUCACUGACGACUCCUAUACUAAGCAACAGAUCCUAAAUAUGGAAAAACUCAUUCUUAAGGCUCUGGACUUUGAUGUGUCGGCGCCCACUACUUACUACUUCAUCGACAAGUUCUCCACUGAUUUACAAUUGGAGUCAAUUAUCAAACAUUUGGCAAAGUAUUUGUCUCAUUUGGCACUUCUGGAGAGCGAGCCAUUCUUGCGCUACUAUCCGAGUGAGAUCGCCAUCUGCUCUAUCAUUCUUUCGGCACAAACUCUGGGCUUACGUCCGGCCGUUAGCAGUCAUUUCAUUGACGAGUCCAUCGCUUACGAGAAGGGCCUGAAGGGCGGAGACGUGAACGCCUUUUUGGCCGAACGACAGACAUGUCUCGAAUGUAUUCACAGAAUGCAUGCCUUCGCUCACAAACACCCCCAACAGGCCAUUCAAGCCAAAUAUGCAUCCGAUAAGUGA